GGUGGAUUCGACCCUGUUUGUGUCUCUCCCAAUUGGAGCAGAAAGUGUUGUUGAGUUAGCACUUAGCAGUUUUGGCGACGACGGUGGUGAAAAUCAGAAUCGAAAAAAAUGGAGAAAGUGAAAGAGAAAGAGAAAGUAGUAGAAAACUGGAGCGAGGCGGUGGAAGACCUUGUCGACGCCGGCGACGUGGAAUCGGCGAUCUCACUGCUCGAAUCCGUCGUGGAAACCCUAAACCCUUCCGAUUCGCCUUCGCAGCUUCAAUUGGCCUCUGCUCUCUCCGACUUGGCCAACCUUUACUCCUCCAAAGGCUUCUCUCUCAAAGCCGAUCACCUUCACUCUCGCGCUUCUCUCCUCAGGCAUUCCACCCGCCAACGACCUCCGAAAGAGGAGGACCGAGUCGUCGAAUCAACCACCGUUGCUUCUCAAGGAAGCGUUGAUAAGCGUGCGGACUUGCCUGCUCCGACCUCCGCCGCUGGUGGUUCUUCCGAUGAAGAUUGGGAAGCAAUAGCUGAUCUUGAACCCGAUGAGUUACUGCCUGCGGUAUCCUCGGAUUGUUCGUUUGGAAUGUCAAAUCUUAAAUUGGAGAAUAAGAAAAGUGGAACCCCAAAAAGGCGUGGAAGAGGGACAUUCUCUUAUGAGAAACAAGAGCUUUAUAGUGAUCAGUUAGUUGGUAGCUCGGUGGUUGAUGUUGAGCGUGAAGAGACUCAAUGUAGUUCGGAAGAUAAUAGAGAUGUACGAAACUCAAAAUAUGGGACCAGUCAUGUUCUUGUUCUGGCUGACUUUUCACCAAGUACUAGAACAACAGAGCUGGAGAAGCUUUUUGAGGACUUCAAAGAUCGUGGAUUUGUAAUUCGCUGGGUCAAUGAUACUGUAGCUCUUGCAGUAUUCCGAACACCUUCUGUUGCCCUUGAGGCUCUAAACAGUGUUCGCUGUUCAUUCACCACGAGGAUACUUGAUGAAGACGAUACACUUCUUAGUUCAAUUAAAGCAAGAGACCUGGAACCACCACGGCAACGGCCGAAAACUUCAGCAGAAGCAGCACAGAGGCUGAUUGCUCGUGGCAUGGGGUUAAAAUUGUCUUCUACGAGCGUUGGGUCCCAAGAUUAUAGAAAGCAAGAAGAUGCUAGGAGAGAACGUAUCGUUAACAGGCAAAAAAUGAGAGAUGAGGCUUGGGGAGACGAUUAGGACUUAUCUUAUGCCACUCUUUUGAUUAUUCUACUAACUUGUAACCCCAUAAAGAGAGAUCGUAUCAUUGAUUCUCUGUUUCUUUUUUUUUGUUUUUAUUUAUAGACCACAUUUAGCCUCUAAUAUUUUCCACUUGUAGAAAGACAACUUUGUUCGAGUAGAAUAGUUUUAUUAGAUUGUAAAUUCUAGUAGGUUUCAUUUCUUGA